GGAUCCGGGCCAGGCAGCUGGGGCGUGCUUCUUGGAGGUGGCCAUGGCGUGUGGCUUCCGCAGGUCCAUCGCCCGUCAGCUUUCCAGACUUUUGGAUCUUCCACCAGAAAACUUGAUCAAGUCAAUAUCUGCAGUUCCAAUUUCCAGAAAAGAGGGAACCGCCUCUUCCCGUGUGUCCUGAAGACCCCUUGCACCUUUCUGCUCCCAGGGAUUCGCCCUUCCCACCAGACCACCACCAGAGAAGUAGCUGAUUUUCAGCUUUCUGUGGAUUCUCUAUUGGGAAACAACAAUGACCAUUCAAGACCAGAUGUUCAAGUUCAAGCCACGAGACUGGCAGAGAAGCUAAAAUGUGAUACAGUGGUAAGUGAAAUCAGCACUGGUCAAGGGACUGUAAAUUUCAAAAUAAACAGAGAACUAUUAACAAAGACAGUACUACAACAAGUAAUCAAAGAUGGCUCAAAAUAUGGGUUAAACAGUGAGCUAUUCUCUGGUCUUCCCCAGAAGAAGAUCGUGGUUGAAUUCAGUUCACCUAAUGUUGCCAAAAAAUUUCACGUUGGACAUUUGCGUUCUACCAUCAUAGGAAAUUUUAUAGCAAAUCUCAAAGAAGCUUUAGGACAUCAAGUCACCAGAAUAAAUUACCUUGGAGAUUGGGGCAUGCAGUUUGGUCUUCUGGGAACUGGCUUCCAACUGUUUGGCUAUGAAGAAAAACUUCAGUCCAAUCCUUUACAGCACCUCUUUGAAGUUUAUGUACAAGUUAAUAAAGAAGCAGCAGAUAAUAAAAAUGUAGCAAAAUCAGCACAUGAGUUCUUUCAGCGAUUAGAACUGGGUGACAUGCAAGCACUUGAACUGUGGCAGAAAUUUCGAGACCUGAGCAUAGAAGAAUACGUGCGGAUUUACAAGCGUCUAGGAGUACACUUUGAUGAAUAUUCAGGAGAAUCAUUUUAUCGUGAAAAAUCUCAAGAAGUCUUAAAAUUGCUGGACAGUAAAGGACUCCUGCAGAAAACAAUAAAAGGAACAGCUAUAGUGGAUCUUUCUGGAAAUGGUGACCCCUCCUCAAUUUGUACUGUAAUGCGAAGCGAUGGGACUUCUCUCUACGCAACCAGAGAUCUUGCAGCUGCUAUCGAUCGAAUGGACAAGUAUAAUUUUGAUACAAUGAUUUAUGUGACAGAUAAAGGGCAAAAAAAGCAUUUUCAGCAAGUGUUCCAAAUGCUGCAGAUCAUGGGAUAUGACUGGGCAGAAAGGUGCCAGCACGUGCCCUUUGGAGUGGUGCAGGGAAUGAAGACUCGAAGAGGAGAGGUUACCUUUCUGGAAGAUGUUCUAAAUGAGAUUCGAUCAAGGAUGCUACAGAACAUGGCUUCUAUUAAGACUACCAAAGAAGUGGAGAACCCACAGGAGACUGCAGAGAGGGUCGGGCUUGCAGCACUCAUUAUUCAGGACUUCAAAGGUGUGCUCUUGUCUGACUAUCAGUUCAGCUGGGAUCGUAUUUUCCAGAGUCGUGGGGACACAGGCGUCUUCCUGCAGUACACGCAUGCUCGCCUCCACAGUUUGGAAGAGACUUUUGGAUGUGGUUAUCUAAAUGAUUUCAACACUGCUUGUUUACAAGAACCACAGUCUGUUUCCAUUCUUCAGCAUCUUCUCAGGUUCGACGAAGUGCUUUAUAGAUCAUCUCAGGACCUUCAACCCAGGCACAUUGUCAGUUACCUUCUAACUCUAAGUCAUCUUGCAGGUAUGGCACACAAGACACUGCAUAUAAAAGACAGUCCUCCUGAAGUGGCUGGGGCCAGACUUCAUCUUUUCAGAGCUGUGCGUUCUGUGCUAGCCAAUGGAAUGAAACUUCUUGGAAUAACACCUGUAUGUAGGAUGUAAUUUCUAAUUAAAAUAGCUUUUUAAUUAAUGAAUUCUAGUUCUCUAUUCUUAUAUGCUUUGUUUAGAAUUUAAACUAUUCUGUAUCAGAAUCUAUAUUUUAUUAAGCCUAAGUGAUUCAUCAACUUAUUAAAUCUUUAUCUUAAAAAAUCA